ACUGGCUAUUGUCAGCUUAUUUAUAUUUUAUUGAUUUUGUAUUCGCCGAUAAAUUCAGAUAGAUAAAAAUAUGUAAAUUUUAAUUACAGAAUAAAGUCGAAAACAUGUCUAUAGCUAACGCUACUAUCUAAAAAGCUUAUUCAUAAUAAAAUAGAGAUGGAUACAGAUGAAGAAAUAAAUGUUAAUGACUCUGUGUCAGAACAUUUGUAUCCAGCAUUGUUUCAGUGUUUUACUAUUAUUAUUUGUGGGUAUGUAGCUGGACGUCUCAAUGUUGUCUCUAAAUCAGAGUCAAAAGGUAUUGCUACAUUUGUUGGAACUUUUGCAUUACCAUCUCUCAUAUUCUUAUCAUUAGCCCGCCUUGACUUCAGCAUCGUUAACUGGACGUUUCUGGGUGCAAUACUGUUAGCUAAAGGACUUGUUUUUUUUGUUGUGGUCAUAGUUACAUUGUUAGUAUCAAGACCUAUACAUUUAGGACAAGCUGGAAUUUUUGCUAUAUUUUGUACACAGAGCAAUGAUUUUGCAUUAGGAUUUCCUAUAAUUGACGCUGUAUAUGGAAAAACACAUCCAGAGUAUUCUCUAUAUUUAUAUUUAAUGGCACCUAUAUCCCUUGCCAUACUCAAUCCUGUUGCAUUUAUUCUGAUGGAGAUAGAUAAGCAGAGACAAAGUCCACAAACAGUUGUUGGUUCUCAACAUUUACAAAAACUGAAGAUGUUAUUGCAAUUAUGUAAAGGAGUUAUCUUUAAUCCCGUAUUAGUCAUGACUAUUCUCGGUAUAAUGGGAAAUAUUAUUUUUCAACAUCAACUAUCUGUUUAUAUUGAAGGCUUAUUAGAUGUUUUUGGACAAUCUUUCUCUGCAGCAGCAUUGUUUCUAUUGGGACUGCGAAUGGUUGGACAAAUAACAAGAUUAAGGGGACCUGCACUCAUACUUCCUUGUGUAUUGAUAAUGGUCAAAUUGAUUAUUCUCCCCGUGGUAAUGAGAGAAUGUGUCAGUACAUUAGAUGCUGGAACAAACCAGUCUGAAACUCAGUCUUUAUCUACGUAUGCAUUCUUGUAUGGAACAAUACCAACUGCACCGGCUGUGUUUGUGUUUUCCAAUCUAUAUCAUUUGGAGAUUGACUUGAUGGCAUCAUCGAUGGUAAUCUGCACAUUUUUGUCAGCACCUAUAAUUUUCCUCUCUGCGGAAGUUAUAUCAAUUAAUCAGGACUAUGCAGAUCAAAUAAAGAAAUUUGGUUUUGAAUUAUCAAUAGUAGCUCUAAUAGCAGCAAUUUGGGUAUUCAUGGUGUUUACACUAACAAAGAAAUAUAAAAGAAUACCGCAUAGAUUGACUUUAUGUCUCAACAUUUCUCAGAUAUUACUAGCUAUAAGUAUGCUCUGGGGUGGACCUUCGAACAGCUACUCACCAACAUGGGAGUCAACAAUGCAACAGGCAUUGCAGCUCUUCAGCACAUACUCAUGUUUGUUGUGGACAUCUAUGCUGACUAUGGGAUUGCUAAUGCUAGAGAUUCGCGGGCCGUGCUUCGUGGUGACGCUGUGGCCGGUGCUGGCCUUCGUGGCGUGGGGCGCGCCCGGCGUCAUGGUGGGCGUGCUGCUGGUCGCCACGCGCGCCGACGUCACCUCGGACGCGGCCGACGCCAUCAGGCUUUGUGUGCUGUUUUUCUGUAUCACUUUGACGACGGGCUGCCUCAUCCUGUACGCGCGGUUCCGCCGGCGCGACUCGCUCGAGUCGCCCUCCGCGCUCGACGAGUCGUCCAGUCUCGUGGAGAACGCAGAGCCCACUUCGCAGACACAAUCUCUGUCUAACUUUGAAGGAAUGGAGGAUCCGGGUUGCUAUGGAACCAUAACGGCAACGCCAUCGCCGAACAAGAAUGGGAAUUGUUGCUCUAACGAUCCUAACUGCAACAAUGUACUCCCUGCAAGCAACACGAAUGACAUAGAAGAUAUUGCCCACAACGAAAGAGAUUGUGCUUGCCCCCCAUCUCGGAAGCUCAAAUGCAACUCGAACGCUCCUUGUCCUUACUUGAACGAGCUGGACCAAGCCGCCAGCGAGCUGGGCCUCCUCCCGCCGGAACAGAGCCGAGGACGCGGAGGACAACUCCUCAAACACACUGUGCUCAUCAUAUCUUACAGUCUCAUGAUGUUUCUGGGGUUAACCUUAACGGCCUGGAAGAUGAUGCGUAAAGACCAAUCGGGAGUUUUUAUAGAGAUUGAAUUCCUGGACACGGCCGCUAGCAAUGGGCAGGCUUUAAUCAUGUUUAUUCUAUUUGGACUUGAUCCUGAAGAAAUUUUCAUACCUAUUUUACGAUACAUCAAAGGAAAAUGGCAUGGAGCAGAUACAGUGGCGUUGCCAGCAGUAGACGAUCUUAAGUUCGAAACUAAACAUGUUUGUGACCAGUUCAUCACGCAUCACCUUGACCGUUGUAAAGAAGCAAUUGCAAAGGACACUAGAUGGCGCAUGCGCACGUAUCGCAACGUAUUCCGCGGGUCAUGCUUGGUGCGCUGGCUGAUCCAGUGCGGGCUGGCCAACGACGAGCACGAGGCCGUCACGUACGCACGACACUUGCUCGACGGCCGACUCAUCGCUCACGUUAAUAACGCUCAUCACUUCACCAACUCAACGCUUCUCUACACUUUCAAGUAGUACCCGAACCGAUAUAGGUUGUAUCAUCUUUGUUCGCUAUUUCGAUAAGAUUUAUACAAAAUAGCAGUCAAUAUAAAAAUACCUGUUUAAUUACAUUUGCUCCAUAUCAAUCGUAAUAAAUUAUUGUAUUCAAUUAAUAAUUGUAGAAAAAAUAGUGUUUCUAUUAUUUUUACUUCUAUUUUAUCUUUUAUUAUUAGAUACUUCUUUUUUCUCUUCAGUAUUAAUGCUGCCUCUGAGUAUAGUCGUAUGAUAAUCGGUCAUAAAAGUGAAAGUCCUAGGACGAUUGCAAAGGAACCGAUAAUUGGAAUCUAAGGAAUGUUUUCAAUAUCGUCUUAACUAUUUUUAAGAUCAUUGUAGAUUCGACUUAGGUAAAUCACGAAUGACCAUAGACUAAUGAGGUGACAUUAACGUUAUGGACAAUGCAAAGAUCUUACAAAUAGAAGGCGAUUUUAAAAAAAAUCCUUAGAAGUUUAUGCAAGGAUCUAAUUUGUCCGAUUAUCGUACGACAUAUAAGAUAUAGUUAUGAUCUGAUAGCAAAUAAUUAUUUAUAUAGACAUAAGACUACUUAAAAUAAAAAAGAAUCACAAUUUUAGUUUUAAAUAUGUUAUAAUUAAUCUAAUAUUUUGAUAGCCUAUAGGUUAGAUACCGUCAUAAUGAUGUUAAAACAUAUUUCAAUAAGUUAUGAGUAGCUGCAUUAAACAUAAAUACUGAGUACUAUUUUGUGCACUUUUUUUCCUGUUGGCUCUAUCGGUUCAUUACUAUCAUGCAGCAAUCUAAUAUCUAUACAUAUAUUUUCUAUACAAGUUCUUAUGUAUUUUAUUUUGAGUGUACUUUCAAAAGCUAUUCUUAAUGGCUGUCAUAUGGAGUGUAAUCAGCAUUCUUUAUUAAAAUUAUAUUGUCAAGUGCUAAUAAUUUGUUUAUACAAUUUAUUAAUCAAUAUAAAUACUACAAUAAUGUAAUGUAAUGAUAUUAUUUUAAAAACAACAAACAAAAACAGGUACUAUUAUAGAAUGAACAUUUAUCUCAUCAAAAUAUUCAUUAUCAUAAUAUUUUAAUCACUUGUUUAUAUGAAGCAUAAGAUUUGGGAAUACAAUGUAACAGUUUUUAUUUUAUUUUCUGAUACUAACCAUAAUGUAAUUGUAAUACAUUUAGCUAGUUUAUGAUUCCAUAUGCUUAAGUAGAAAGUAAUAUUAAUAAAUUUUCCAGUAGUUAUCCUAUACAUUAAUUUAUGUAAAGUGAUUUUAUUCUUUUCUAUUAUAAUAUGGUUCAUUUAAUCUUAGAAAUCUGCUCUCUAAUACAUACAGUUAUUAGAAAAACAAAAAAUAUAGUAUCAUAUUUUUAUAGGUGUAUAUUAAAAUAGCACAAUCAUUUAAAUUUGUGUAAUAAGAUUUAUAAUUAUUUUUUGAAAUAAAACACAGAUACAAAAUCUAUCUUCGCAUUGUAAUAGUGAAUUAGUUCAUAAGCAAUGCUUAAUAAACUGACUUUGUGUCUUAAAUAUUUAAGGUAUGAUUUUUUUUUUUAAUAAUUUGUGUUAUAAAUGUAAUACACAUAUAACCGUUUUAGGUGCUUUAUAUAGGUUAGUAUAUUAGGUUAUUUACAGUAAUAAAAAAAAUAUAUAUUUCUCUAAAAUAAUAUUUUAUAAUAGCAAUUUUUUUUUUGGUUAUGUACUUUAAUGAUCAAACAACUGAUCUCAAUGGUUUUAAAAUACUUUAUUAUAUUUCUUUUGUCUUAUUCUCAUUAUAUACUAGAUGAACUUUAAAGAGUAUAAUUUCUUCUUUGCUAAAUUGCAUGGUUUUGUUACUCGAUGUGAUAUAAAGGCUGUUGCUUUGUAUAAAUAUGUAUACAUUUGUUUCGUCUAAAAUAAAAGAAAAAGGAAUGUAUUCGCUUUAGAUGUAGUAUAUUAUUGCAUAAAUAUAUGAAAGUAUAUUUUAUCAUUAUUAUAUUGUAUAAUGAAAGAAAAUUAUAUUAAUGUUGCAAAUCAGAUAA